AACAAAUGGGACAAUAAUUGGGAUAAAAGGGAUCCGUUUUGUUUAGUCAAACCCAUCAGCGGUUCGUUUCGUGUCUCAGAGAAAGAGGAAAACAAUUACAACGAAAAGCUCGAGAGAGCGAAAUCGGUGGCCACGCGUCACAUCAUACUUGUCCGUCACGGGCAGUACAAUAUGAACGGCGAGACGGAUCUGUUGCGGACACUGACGCCGUUGGGCAGGGAUCAGGCCUAUCACGCGGGCGUACGGCUCAAAGAUCUGGCCCUUCCCUACACUCGGAUCAUACAGUCAACGAUGACCAGAGCCCAGGAGACGGCGAACAUCAUUAGCCAACAGUUGCCUAAUAUUCCUGUCGAUAGUUGUGAAUUCAUUCGCGAGGGAUCGCCCAUAAAGCCCGACCCGCCGGUCCAUCACUGGAGACCAGAACCCAAGCAGUUCUUCAGAGACGGCGCCCGAAUCGAGGCCGCGUUCCGGAAGUACUUCCAUAGAGCGGAUCCAACGCAGACGAAAGACAGUUACGAGAUAAUGGUGUGUCACGCAAACGUGAUCCGAUACUUCGUAUGCCGCGCGCUGCAGUUCCCACCCGAAGCGUGGCUACGGUUUUCAUUACACAAUUGCAGUCUCACGUGGAUUGCCAUCAGACCCAGUGGUCGAGUGACCGUCUAUACGGUGGGAGACAUCGGUCACGUGCCGCCCAACAAAAUGACCACUACUUAGUUGACACCACAACAUAACGCUCACAAUUAUAGAGAUAUAGAUAUUAAUUAACAAUUUAAACAUACA